GGACUGGUGGAGGAGGGACGUGGCUGGUCACUGAGGCACUCGGGGUGUCUGCAAGGUGGCGUCGGGAUUGUACAUUCCACUAGUGGUUUGGUGACUCAAUAGUGGCAGACUGGUCACUAUUGAUGAUUGGUCAGUAUGACUAUGUCUAGUGACGGAUCAAUGAAGUGGUGGCUCCUCGAAAAGAAUAGGUCACUGUAAUCGACACUAGUUACUGGGGCGGGGAUAAUCACUGUAACCGGUGGUCAUUGGGCGGUGGUCACUGUCCUGGUUGGUCACUGUGGCAAUGGUAGUAAUUGUGACGGUAGUCAUUGGAGCGGUAGUAACUGAGAGGUGAUCAUUAGAGCGGUAAUAAUUGAGAGAAGGUCAUUAGAGAAUAAUAACUGAAACGGUAGUCAUUGGAGCGAUAAUAACGGGAUGGUAGUUAUUGAAGCGAUAGUAACUGAGACGGUAGUCACUGGAGCGAUAGUGACUGGGACUGUAGUCCCUGAAAAGGUAUGAUACGGACUUAGUAUAUUAAUAUAAAUAGUACUGAGUAUUUUAUUAAGUAAUUUUUAUAUGCUCAAAAAUAGGGUUUCAGGCCCUAUAGCUUAUUGAAGUGGGUUGGCCCAUUAGAAAUAGAAUAAAAGGGGGUAGGGGGGAGAAUAAACGGAGGCAGAAAAUCGGGACUGGGAAUUGGGAGUGUGAGGCCACUCGAAGAGUCUCAAUUGUUUUCCGUUUUCAGUACUUCAUAUCUAGGCUAUUUUCCUUUUCAAAGUUUAGUUCCUAUCAUUGGUAUCAGAGCCAUUGACGAUCGUUAUUCCUGCGCAUGGUCGUGACUCGAUCGAUAAUGGAGCAACGUGUAGAAAGCAUCGAACAAACCCUAGCGGAAGUGAAAACCACCGUGGACGAACUGCUGGGUCUGCGCGCAACGGUGGACGAACUGAGGAAUAUGAUGUUACACAGUAAUCGCCAGGGGAGGCGAGGACGAUCGCGGGUGUCUAAGCAACAUCGCCGGGAAGAAAGUGUGAACUCGUCGCAUACCACAGGUAAGUCCGACAGUUCUCAUGCUUCAUCCCAUACUCCGGAAACUGGUGCUGUAGACCGAUGUUAUGCUCGCACGGGCAGGAAGGUUGAUUUCCCUGUCUUUAAUGGGGAGGACGCACAUGGGUGGAUAAUUAAGGUAGAGAGAUUUUUCCGGUUGAAUCAAGUUAAAGACAAUGAGAAAAUUGAAAUGGUGGUGGUGGCUAUGGAGGACAAGGCUUUAAAUUGGUUCCAAUGGUGGGAAGAACGGACUACGGCUCGUACUUGGGAAAAUUUCCAGGACGCAGUUAUUCGACGGUUCCAACCGGAGAUGGUUCAAAACCCAUAUGGACCGAUGCUUAGUGUGAAGCAAACCAGGUCAGUUAUGGAGUAUAGGGAGAAAUUCGAACGGGUCGUAGCCCCCCACAGGAACACUGACAAUGAGAUGCUUAAGGGUAUUUUCAUGAAUGGCUUGAAGGAUGAAAUCAAAGCCGAACUGAAAUUGCAUCCAACUCAAUGUGUGACAGAGAUCAUGGAUCGGGCACUUCUCCUGGAAAAGAAAAAUGCGGCUCUGAAAAUAAGAGGAAGCAAGGAGGAAGAUAAGGGAGUAUGUAACGGCCUGUUUGGAUUGAGUGUUGAGGAGUGUUAGGGAGUGUUUGCAACUGCUUAAAAAAGCACUUCUCAGCUUUUGGCUUAAAAAAGCACUUAUUUACCAAACCCUACCAAUUUUUACUUUUUCUCGGCUUGCGUGUGAAAAGUGCUUUUCCCUUUUCUAUUACACAAAAAGCACUUAUUUUACCAAACACUACCAACUUUUACUUUUCAAAUUCACUUUUUUUUCAAACACUAUCAACUUUUACUACUAAUCACUUUUUCCUUACAUCUCCAAAAGUGCUUUUUUUAAGCAGAAGCAGUUGCAAACACUCCCUUAGUAAUGGAAGUGUUAGUAAGUGUUGAUGCUAACACUUGUUUGGGAGAAAAAUCCAGAGGUGUUAAGAAGUGUUAGUAAUGGUUAGGAAGUGUUAAUAAUAACCUUCCCAAUACCUCAAUUGUCCAUUUUUUUAACACCACGAUUUGGAGUGUUUUGAGGUGUUGGACAAUUAUUACCCUUCUCAUUUACCCGAAAAACAUAAAAUGCUUCGACAUUUCACUUCGAAUGUCUUUCCCACGGGUCUGAUGGUUUGUUUUUUCAUCUCUUCUCUUUACUCGUUUCUUUUGCCUCAAGGUAAAAUUAUUAACACUUCCAUUAUUAACACUUCAUUCAUUUGACUCUCCCAAACAAGGUAAAAUUAUGUCUAACACUUACACUUCCCUUCCCUUCCGAGCCCUUACUAACACUUACUAACACUUCCAUUACUAACACUUCCAAACACUCCAUCCAAACAGGCCCUAAAGAGAAAGGGGGGGCUGUAUCCAAGCCUCAACAUUUGAGAGAAGGGAACUGGUGGAGAACUGAUCAAAACAAUAUCAACCUGACUGAGAAGGUUUCUGCCCAUAUCAACGCAAAGGAAGCACCAAAACUAAACCCCACAUGAGAGGGAGGUCAAAGGUUGACACAAGAAGAGUUAGAAGAAAGAAGCAAGAAAGGCCUAUGCUUCAAAUGUGGAAACAGGUGGAGCAAAAAACAUGCUUGUGGAAUGAAACACUAUCAAUUUGUCUUAAUCGAAGAUACAAAAGAAGAGAAAGGAACAGAAAAUCCACUAACGGAAUUGGAGGAAGCUGAAAACUCCAUGAAACCAAACACCCGAUCAAUCUCUUAUCAUCCACCUUGAGGACAAGGUGGUUUUCAAAGGGGGGAGUGAUGAUACGGACUUAGUACUAAUAUAAAUAGUACUGAGUAUUUUAUUAAGUAAUUUUUAUAUGCUCAAAAAUAGGGUUUCAGGCCCUAUAGCUUAUGAAGUGGGUUGGCCCAUUAGAAAUAGAAUAAAAGAGGGUAGGGGGGAGAAUAAACGGAGGCAGAAAAUCGGGACUGGGAAUUGGGAGUGUGAGGCCACUCGAAGAGUCUCAAUUGUUUUCUGUUUUCGGUACUUCAUAUCUACGCUAUUUUCCUUUUCAAAGUUUAGUUCCUAUCAAGGUAGUAACUGGGACGGUGGUCACUGGAAUGGUAGUAAUUGGAACGGUGGUCACUGGAGCGGUAGUAACUGAGAUGAUGACACUGGAGCAGUAAAAGUAAAUUGGGCCGGUGGUCACUGAAGCAGUAGUAACUGGGAUGUUGGUCACUAGAACAUUUGUCAUACAAUUUUCAUAUCUUAAUAUUUAUCUUUAGAAAUAAUAUUAAAAUUAGAAAAACAUUAAUUGUCAUAGACUUGAUAAAAAACAUUUGUCACUGGUGCAUGGUUACAGAUGUCAUUGAAACCAUAUUCAAUUAACAAAAACAUUAAUUGUGAUAGUGCAUUGCUACGUUUAAGUGUCUUACGGAAGGCAUUAGUUACGGUGCAAUGAAUAGUUAGGAAGGAAGGGCUAAUUAGUAAAGAAUGUGCUCAUUACUCACAUUUUUGGAAAUUAAGAAAAAGGUCUCUGAUAGCGUAUUAAUUCUAGAGAGAAGUGAGAGCUAGAGAGAGAAAGUGAGUAAUUAUAUUUCUCAACUUGGAACCCCCUAUAAUUAGCCCCUUGGGGUCUAUUUAUAGGUAAAAAUGUGGUCUUGGGCUCCUAGCCUUGGGCUUAGGAGGCCCAUUACAAUAAUCAUGCCUUCUUUGGGCGAAAUAAGGCCACUAAUGGGCUGUGUACAACACUUAGUAAAUACAGUGAAAAAUACAUUCUGCCUGGACGAAGUCCGGAUGAUGCGGUCCAUGGACGAUGCGGAUCCUGGGUUUUGCCCAAGGAUCCAGUCGAUAUCUUCUUUCUUGGACGUUGCGCGCCUCUGGACGAUGCGGGUGUCCUGCUGGUGUCUUUUGGGCCGUUGAGUAUGUGGGCCAUGGGGUCCGGGCCCAUAUACUCUAUCAGGAGUCCCCCACUCUCUGAGCUGAGGUGAAGCCGAAGCGAAAGGGAGUACUUGUUCCUUUCUGGCUGGCCAUCGCGUGAGCCUAAGGUGCUCGGUGGCCGAAGAGGUUUUCUUUUGAAUUUUAUCCGAAGGGGUUUCUUCAUUUAAUGAAGACGAAGCGCCCUUGGGAAUUCACAACCUUGAAACGGGCCGAUGCACUCCCCCGUGGGAGUGCUUUUAUGACGAAGCGAUACGUUCUCCUAUCCGUAGAUGUGAAUUUUUGGUGCGGAUAAACUAGCAUGUUCCCUUGUCAUUUGUUGGGGCCGGAGAGCUCCUUUAUAACUUUUUGUCCGCAGCGGUAGUCCUUGUCUUAUGAAGUGAAGAUGGUUGAUUCCAUCAAUGUGGACGAUGCGAUGCACGUCUUUGACUUGUCAUGCAGCCGAAGCGUUUUUGACUUGUGGGUUCUUGUUAUGGUGAGCCGACGCAGUCCUCCCGGGGGACGCGGCCGUUGCGCGCUAGAUCUCGUAUUUUGGGUUUUUGAUUUUUGGGCUCUGUGGCCGACGCGACUCGCAAUGCUAUUUGAGGUAGCUGAUGCGACUCUCAAUGCUUAUUUAAGGUGAAUUGUCCGUCUUUUGUUGCUGGUGAGCCGUAGCGCACCCUUUGUAUUAAGGCCGUUGCGCUUCCUUUUCUUGUGCCGAUACAGUCCCCCAGUCCCCCACUCCGUUGGCCGAAGAGUAUCUGAGGCACAAGGGAGUAAUGAGCCGUUUUGGUACCUAUGCGUUAGUCGCGACUCCAACCCUUAGGCGAACCUGUCCAAGGUAACCCUGUGGGAGAACCCUUGGACGAAGGCCGCAAUGCCAGGGUUAUCAUCGACGAUGCGCGCAUAGGCGGCCGUAGCGGUCUAUUUAAAGUUCCUUGGGUUGUUGUGAGGACGUUGAGUUUAGGUUGAUGCGUUCCUUUUUAUCGGAAGUAUGGGCCGAUGCCUGCUUUGGAGCUUUGUGGUAGUUGGGCCGUAGCGGUAUUCAGCCGAUGCCUUGCUCUUUUGUAAGGUUGAGUUGGGCCGUAGGGGUGCUUGCAUGAGUGAUUUUGGAUUGGUACCCCUUGAUUGGUUGGCGGAGAGGUGGCCGUUGGUGGAGCCAAUGGGAUGGCGACACGUGUAGUGACCGUUGGAAGGCCUCUAUAAAUACCCCCUCAUUCCGAAGCCGCUUCCUCAUUUGUUCAUGAAUCUUUACCGUAUCGGCCGAGGGAGCCAUGAGAACUGUGCUGGCUAUGCGGCCCUCCAGCAACUGCCGAAGAAGAGGUCAUUCACUGACCUUCCCUCAUCGAUUCAUGGGUGGAAAGCUAAGUUUUGUUUCGUGAAGUUGGCCGAUGGGGUCUUUUUCCCCUCUCAAGGUCAUAAUGGUGUAUUUAACCUGCACAAUCCGCCGAGGAGUGCUGAGAUUGAUGCCCAAGUGGAGGCCUUCCUAAAGGGUGGGCCGUGGAGUGUAGAUAAAUACAUCACUGAGUUUAAGAUUGCCGCCCUUGGGAUGAUGCGGUACUUCAUCCCCGGAGAUCCUGAUUGUGGACUGUGGCCGAGGAUGUCUGGUUAUUUCGAGGAGGCCGAAGGGCCUUACCUCGGUGUCCCCGCCGAUGCCGAAGGUUGAUUUCUUUCCCUUGACUCCCCUUAUGAUUUGCUUUGCUUGUUUUUCUAACUUCUUUGUUUUUUUUGCAUCUGCAGACUUCACCAUGAGCCGUAAGUUGUUCAUGACCCAGGCCAAGAAGAUGGUGGACAAGGAGAUGCAGGCUGCUCAGCAUGCCGAAGCGUCUAAGGCUUCAGGUGACGGCUCCAAGAGUCAAGCCGAUGCCGCGAAGAAGGCGGCGGCCCAGAAGAAGAAGAAGAGGCCCACCGAGGGUCAGCAAACUCUGACCGAAGCCGGGUUGAAGCCGGCCCAGGGUGCUAAGAGGCCGAAGCAGGGUUUGCCCUCUGGUGAUGCCGCUACGGCUGAUGCGCAGGCUGCGGCUCAAAAAGAGCAGGUUUCUGAUGUCCAUGUGAUUGAGGACCUGACCCUGAAUGAGGCAUCGGCUGCCCUUGUCCCUACGUCUCUGAUUUCUGGUAAGAAUGCCCAGGCAAGCUCCCGGAGCGGCCGUGAUUUAGCCUCCGGGUUGUAUGAGGUGACGGUCCGGUAUCCGACAAAGGGUGGGCUAUUCAACGAGAGGGUCUCUAGCCACGAUGUCUUGUUCCAAGCCAUUCCUGAUGAGGACAGGGCGUAUCUACGUCGGCAAGGCAAGGAAGUGCGCCUUUUUGAUGGAGGGUUGGACUACGUCGUCCAAGGUGCCUUGAUGCUGAUGGAGCAGCACCGUCGGCAGGAGGAGGAGAUUGCUCGCCUUCAGGAGGCUGAGAAAAGAGCUGCUUCGGCCGAUGAGGCCUUGGCUUCCCUUGAGCUGCUCCGAUCCGAGGUCGGCUCGCUGAAGGAGAUGGCCGAUGUGGCCGAAGCACGGGCCGCUGCAGCUGAGGCCAAAUUGGAGGGGGAGGCCGCAGCUCGCCGGUUGGCAGAAGAGAAGGCGAAGAAGGCCGAGGAGCUGAAGGCCGAAGCGGAGAGGGCUGUCGAGAAGGCUGUUGAUCUGUUCAUGGCCGAGGGGUGGAAGGCCGAUGAACAUCGCCAGUUCUGCUUCAAGGUGGUGGCCGAUCGCUUCCAGGCUUGGUCACAAGAAGAUCCGGCCGGCCAGGCUUUUUGGAAGCAAGAGAUGGAGGUCUUUUAUGACCUAGGCCAGCGGCGCAUGCAGAUGCUGGUCUACCGGAGGCUUCGUCGGCGUGUAAAGAAUCUGAAGCCGCAAGGGAUCGGCCUUCCUCGCCUGAUGAAGGACCCUGAGGAAGAAUUGAAGCUUCCUCUGGCCGAAAGGCAGCGUCCUAUUUUGAGCUCUGAUGAGGAGAAGGAGCCCUAGACUGAAAGUGAUGACUACCUUUUCAGGAGUUCGGCCAAGUCGAAAACCGCCGAUGAUGUCGAAGACGAUGCCGACAGUGGGGCUGUUGAGGGUGGCCAAGGACAGGCCGGAGAUGUAGCUUAGUGUUAUUCCUUCUCUCUUUUUUUUGUCUUAGACGUAGCGUCUGGUAGAUUAGUCAUUGGCCGAAGUGCCCCCCUGAUGUACUUGACAUCCGAAUUUAAUGAACUCUUUUGUCUUUGAAUGAAUGUGUUGCUGC